GGGUGCGAGAUGGUGUGAGGGAGGGCAAAAGUGCGGUCCUCUGUGAAUACUAUCAAAUGUGUUGCAAUCUUUCUUCUUUAGUUCGAACAACAGACUGAUUUGAUAUAGUCGCCCACAAUUUACAGCAUACUUAACGAAGAAGAAACUGCCGUACAUGGAAACUUCAAAUGGUGGAAAUGGCAUAUUCUUGUCCAUUUCACCAUUGAAAGCUCUUCAUCUUCAUUUGAUUUGUGGAUUUGUUCUGGUUACACCAUUCUUGUUUGCUCACCAUAUCUAUUCCAUCAAUCUCACUACGCAUCCAUCUCAAAUGCUUUUCCUGAUUUGGGGAUUUGUGGCUCCAGUGGUGAUUAUUGUUUUCAGUCACCUUCGACAAGAUAGGAAGCAAUGCUCUUACAUCCAAGCUGUAGGACGAGGUUUUCUGGGUCUUCUUACCGGGGCCAUAGUUAAUGCACUGGGAGCUAUUAUCUUGGGAGCACCUGUUAGUUUCGAGUAUUUCCCCAAGACCCUCAAUUGGUCUCUUCUGAUGUCAUCAUUCACUUUUGUCCCAGCAGCUUGUGCUUUUGGUUCAUUGUGGACUAAUUGGCACAGUAUAUUUGCUGAAACAAAGGCAUUUAGGUUUGUAGACUGUAUGGUCCGCAUACCAGCUUGUGGAGCUGUUAUUGGAGCAUGGUUUGGUGCUUGGCCUAUGCCACUUGAUUGGGAAAGGCCAUGGCAGGAAUGGCCUAUAUGUGUGACUUAUGGAGCUACAGCUGGCUACUUGGUGGGGCUGGUCACAUCCUUGGUUUGCAUUAUCUGCUGUAGUCGCCAGCAGCGUUUAAAAGGAGAGUAGUGUAGAAAUACUUCUUUUUGUUCUUAAUAUGAUUCAGUUGUCCUCUUUUCGUUGACUCUGUGAGUGGUUUAGUUUUGUUUUUUUCUUUGGUGAAUGGUGAAAGUAAAAGGAAAGGAAAAGGGGAUUUCAGAAGGAAAACUCUAUAGCCUAACUGUGAGGAAAUGCUAAGGAGGAGAAUAAAGUAUGGAAGUUCCCGCAGAACUUUUGUGUAUACUCACAACAACCAUUACAGGUGAAUCCAGAUUUGAAGUCAAUGAAUAUGAUCUUAUUAUA